AUGGCCAUGACCACCUCCGUGGCCACCACCGCCGGCGUAGCGACGGACCUCGAGCUCCUCAUCAAAGUCACGCUCAUCGAUGUCACGGCCGUGACGGCCACCACCAUGGCCACGACCACCUCCACGGCCGCCGAAGCCGCCGCCGCCGCGACGACCGCCAGGGCCACGAACCUCAAGCUCCUCGUCGAAGUCACGCUCAUCGAGCUCGUCGAGAUCACGGGAGUGACGGCCACCACCAUGGCCACGACCACCGCCGCGUCCACCGAAGCCACCGCCACCGCGGCGACCGCCGGGACCACGGACCUCAAGCUCAUCUUCAAGAUCACGAGAGUGACGACCACCUCCACGGCCACCUCCUCGGCCGCCAAAUCCACCACGGCCUCCAAAGCCACCGCCACCGCGACGACCACCGGGGCCGCGGACUUCAAGCUCCUCGUCGAAGUCACGCUCGUCAAGCUCGUCAAGGUCACGGCUGUGGCGACCACCGCCGUGACCACGGCCACCUCCACGGCCACCAAAGCCACCACCUCCACGACGACCACCAGGGCCACGGACCUCGAGCUCAUCCUCAAGAUCACGGGUGUGGCGACCGCCGCCGUGGCUACGGCCACCACCACCACCACCGUAGCGACGGACCUCAAGCUCUUCCUCAAGAUCACGAGAGUGACGGCCACCUCCACGGCCACCGCGACCACCGAAGCCACCACGGCCUCCAAAGCCACCGCCGCCGCGACGACCACCGGGACCACGGACCUCGAGCUCAUCUUCGAGAUCACGAGACUCCUCAUCGUCACGCUCCUCGAGCUCCUCGACAUCGCGAGCAAGAAGGGUCUCCUCGUCGACUGA